AUGAAUAGCAGUGAGGGAUUGCAAACGCUCCAAGCAGACCAGAACCUGUGGUACAAAGUCUGUGUCUUUCUCCACGACUUUUGCAAUAUCGCAACCGAUCAUGCAGCAGAGUUACGCACGCUUGCAACAACAGAUGAGCUAUACAUCAGCACACCAUACUUUACAGCCGAAGAAGCCGCUUUGGUGAAAAAUACACGAAUUCUAGCACCAACCCUGACAGAUGUCCCAGAGUUCGAGCAGUUAGAUCAGGAAGGUAUUCCUAAACCACGUCAAAUUGAGGGUGUCGCUUCGCACACUGUCACCAUCGAACAAGCUAUCAAAGACUGCCUCCGAAACUUCUUCGAAAAGCGCAGAGCAAGUGGAGAUUCACGUCCUUGUGGCCCGCAUGACAUGGGCCCAAUAUACCGUGCAGUCUUUGGCAUAUCGAAAGAAGAACUCAAGGACGAGAAGUUUCUAAGUCGUUUGAGACGGGCGGGUCUACCUCGAUCGGAAGCAGAGGUAACAGGAAAGAGUAAUGAGCAGAAGGCUCAGAAAGGAGGGAAGAAGGAAGGAAAGAAAUGUGCACGUAAAGCUUAG